CUGCUAUGAGCUGCCCUGUGCGCAAGAGCCGCUCUCUGGCCGCCUUCCCGCGGCGGCUGUGUAGCCUCCAGCAGCCCCUGAGACCUGUGACAUCCAGGACGCGGGCGCCACCUCCGCUGCAGGAGGUGCCCCCCUUCCCGCCCAUGGCACCCGGCGAGACGCAGAGCGCGGCAGUCCUGCCUGGUCCCACCAACUGGCCCCUGCUGGGCAGUCUGCUGCAGAUUCUCUGGAAAGGAGGCCUGAAGAAACAGCACGACACUCUGGUGGAGUACCACAAGAAGUAUGGCAAGAUAUUCCGGAUGAAACUGGGCUCCUUCGACUCGGUGCACCUGGGCUCGCCGAGUCUGCUGGAAGGGCUGUACCGUACCGAGAGCGCUUGUCCGCAGCGGCUGGAGAUCAAACCGUGGAAAGUCUAUCGCGACUAUCGCGAGGAGGGCUACGGGCUGAUGAUCCUGGAAGGAGAAGACUGGCAGAGGGUCCGGAGUGUUUUUCAAAAGAAAUUAAUGAAACCGGUGGAAAUUAUGAAGCUGGACAGCAAAAUCAAUGAGGUCUUGGCUGACUUUAUGGGUAGAAUAGACGAACUCCUCGAUGAAAGAGGCCACAUUGCAGACUUGUACAGCGAACUGAACAAAUGGUCAUUUGAAAGUAUCUGCCUCAUACUGUAUGAGAAGAGAUUUGGGCUCCUUCAGAAGAGUGUGGGAGAGGAAGCUCUGAACUUCAUCAUGGCCAUCAAAACAAUGAUGAGCACCUUUGGGAAGAUGAUGGUCACCCCGGUCGAGCUGCACAAGAGCCUCAACACCAAGGUCUGGCAGACACACACUCUGGCCUGGGACACCAUUUUCAAGUCAGUCAAGUCUUGUAUCAAUAGCCGGCUAGAGAAAUAUUCCCAGCAGCCUGGCACAGAUUUCCUCGGUGAUAUUUAUAGCCAUAGUCAGCUUUCCAGGAAAGAAUUGUAUGCUGCCAUCACGGAGAUCCAGCUGGGUGGAAUAGAAACGACAGCCAACAGUUUCAUGUGGAUCCUCUAUAAUCUAUCCCGAAAUCCUCAAGUGCAGCAAAAACUUCUUAAUGAAAUUCAAAGUGUGUUGCCUGAGAAUCAGAUGCCACGGGCAGAGGAUUUGAAGAAAAUGCCAUAUUUAAAGGCUUGCCUAAAGGAAUCGAUGAGACUCACCCCAAGUGUGCCUUUUACAACUCGGACUCUUGAUAAGACGACAGUUCUUGGGGAAUACGCUUUACCCAAGGGGACAGUGUUAAUGUUAAACACCUACGUAUUAGGGUCUGACAAAGACAAUUUUGAAGAUCCGGAUCAGUUUAAACCUGAACGUUGGCUUCAAAGGGAGAAAAAGAUAAAUCCUUUUGCACAUCUUCCAUUUGGCGUUGGGAAAAGAAUGUGUAUUGGCCGCCGAUUGGCUGAGCUCCAGCUCCACUUGGCUGUUUGCUGGGUUGUCCGCAGAUAUGACAUUGUGGCCACAGACAGCGAGCCCGUCGAGAUGCUGCACCUAGGCAUCCUGAUGCCCAGCCGGCAGCUGCCCGUAGCCUUUCGCCGGAGAUGAGAUCCUCAGGCUUUGUUUUUUUCACCAAAAUCAGGAACAACAAUCUUUAACUUCCUAGCAGCAUGGUGCCUACGCCGUCCGCAUUGCUGGAAAGCAAACUUCAAAAAACUAGAGCAUCGAGCAGCACAUAAAGAACACUCAGGGCAAAGGUUACCAGAUGCUCCUGCACCUGCCUUCCAACCUCACUGCAAAAUCUGUAACUCUCAAGUUUACAUUUCACAAGGACAGGCCUGAUACAGCCUUUCGAGUCUGAGACGCAAAGUCUUUCCAACUCUGGGACCGAGGAUCAUGAUGACAAUCUGUUUACUGUAACUCUGUGUACUGUGAUAUUUGGGGGAAAUACCUACUUAAUAAUAACAUCAAAGCUAAAUAUUGGUUAAAGUACUCAGGGUCUCAUAAAACUGUUUUUCUUGCAUUUCAGUGGAGAUAUUACUAAGAAAUGAGAGAAUAGCUCUAUUUUAAGAAGUAGUUAAAUUAAGCCAGAAAUUCUUCUAUAAGAAUAUCUUAAUGACUUACUCAAGUUGAUCAAAGCGCCCUCAAUAUUUUUUCAUUAAAGUAUUUCCUCUAUGGUAUUAGAAUGCAGAUGAGUGGAGCUGUGGAUACAUACACACAUCUGUGUGUGUAUGUGUGUGUGUGUGUGUGUGUGUUUCAGUGGUAAUUUGUUCUGUCACUUUUCAUAUAAAUAUAUAAAUUUAGGAUCUGUGAUGCUGGGAAGUGUUCUGAAGUUCAGUCACAGAUUAAAAAUAUUUACAGUGAUUUUAAGAAAAUGACUUUCUAGCUCUUAACUUUCCCACCUAUUCUACUGAAGAACAGAAAAGUAUGAAUUUGUUAAGGAUGACAUAAAUUUUUAUGUGAUGUAAAAUCUAAGAAAAUAUGGUUCCAUAAAUGCAAGAUGUAUACAGAUUUAUGCAACCCUUUAAAAUUGUUUACAUGUGGCUUUUUGUGCAUAUUUUCACUACUACUUUUCAUUAAAUGUACUGUAUAUUUCUGUAUUUUUAUAAUUAUUCCCAUUUUUAGGUUAUAUUUUUAGAAUUUUGGAAUUGUACAUUUAUAUCUUUAUAUUUGAAUGAAUAUAUACAUUUACUAAAAUAAGUGUAUGCUUUCUCUCUGCUGUGAAAUUAUGCUUAGAAUUAUAAAUCCAAAUGUGUUGUCAGAUUUUGUUUGAAUGCCUUUAAAUUCUUUGAAAGUAGAAAUAAAAGUUUUUUU